AUGACAAAAUUAAACAAUAGCCUGCCACCUUACGCAGAAGAAAUAAUAAUAAAUGAACUAAACAACCCACUGGAACAAUCAGAAUUAAACCAAAAUUCUAAUAUGGCUGAGGAAAAAGAAAGCAAAGACGGAAGGGGAAAUUUAUUAUCAUUUAUCGGCAUUGAAUUACUUAUUGAUAUCGCAGAUUUAGACCAAAUAAUUGCGGAUUAUGAUUAUAGUCGGUGGGGAGACCAAGAAUAUCAUAACCAACUUUUUGGUGGUAAUGAAAGAUUUAAAAACCUUUACACAGCUUUUGAUAACCUAGCUAACCGAGUACUUGCUCGUAAUAUCAUUGUGACUAACCGACUAACCCACGGAGAAGAUAAAGAAAGUGAAGAAAAUAUUAUGAAACAUGCUUUUGAUUAUCAACAAUGUUAUAAAAUUCCCGAACCUAAAAUUUACUCAGAAAUGAGAAUAAUAGAAGCCGAAAAAAAAUUACAAGCCGUUGUUGACCAAGCCCUCACUGGCGAUAAAGAAUUAUUAAGCAGAAUAGCCGAUUUACCAUAUAUUAAAACCGAACAAAUCCAAGAAGCUUUAGGUAAAUUACAACAACCUAUCCCAAAUAACUUUUCAAAAUUAGAACAAAUUAACCAACUAACUGAUAUUCAACAAAUCACUAAUCUCCAAGAUAGGAUACUAGCCGAUAUCCAAGCCCAAAAACAAGAAACGGAAAAAGGUUAUAACGAUAAUAAAGAAGAAGUAGAAAAGUUGAAAAAAGACAAGGCGACAGAAAAUCCUCAGGAAUAUGGUCAAGAAGCCAAAAAAAGAAUUGCGGAGAAAUUAAAAGAUAAUGGGAUUAAAGAGGAUGAAUUAGAUGAGGAAAAUAAAAAGGACUGA